AUGGAACAGUCAGAUCCCCAUUUGUACAUCAAAACUAUACGCACAUCCGCACGUGAGCUCAUUUCGACAGUCAAUAGCCUUAUUAAGCUCAAUCAAUGGGCAGGUAUCGCUGAGGCCGAGCGCAAGGCAUCACUUUUUACACUGGAGCACAUCGAGUCUGCGCUACUUAAGGAGGUUACUCCACUACUUCCACCUGAGAUUGGCGACAGGCCGUCCAUUAUCGUUCAACAUAACACACCUCCUCAUUGCGACUCACUCACAAUAGAUCUGGGCCUUCUCAUUGACUGUAUCCAGCCAUUGAUUAUCAACGCUGUUCAAAAUACUCCUGGUGGUAUUGUCGCGGUCACGUUGUGCAUUGCUGACGAUUUCCGAUCACUCACCGUGGACGUAGAAGACAAUGGUCGCGGCAUUGACUCAAAGGAUCAUGGACGUAUAUUCGAAGCCCAUGAAAAACUAGAUGUUCACACCAUCGGCGCAGGACUUGGCUUGACACUUUCUUGCAAGUCGGCAGCACUGAUGCACGGCGAGGUCUACCUGAACAACAUCAUAUUUGCUCAGGGUCCAUUUCUGCCGAACAUUCUGGAGCAGGUGUUGAGCGAAGCAGACGCCGUACUAGCAGAGUUCGCCCGCGCCGCUGUUUAUGCUACAACAGCCACCUCUGGUGACACGAAGAACGGGGAAGCCCAAGCGAACGACACUGCCCAGCUGGUAUCAAGGCAGGAAGUACCGAACUCGCCGCCGUCAACCCCAGGAGGUGGGUUGGAGCAGUCCAUGAAGAUAUUGCGAAUCGACACAGGAGCGUUAUCACCACCACGGCGCCUGUCUUCAAGAUCAGGGAAACCAAUGGCCCUGCUCGUAGACGACAAUGGCGUCAACCUCCGCCUCCUCGAGAUGUACUGCCAUCGUCGCAGUAUUCCCUAUCGCACUGCCAAAGAUGGCGCUGAAGCGGUCCACAUAUUUACCAGCCACCACACAUCAGUCUCUGAUCCGCUUUUGGAGCAGCCCCUCACCCCCCUGCCUUUCAAUCUUGUCUUGAUGGACCUACAAAUGCCAAUUUGCGAUGGUGUGGAGGCAACGCGACAAAUUCGUGCUUUCGAGCGUGAGCACCAGCGCGAACGAAGUGUGAUCUUCAUAGUCACGGGCCAGGACUCGCCAGCUGACAGACUCGAUGCUGCGGAAGCCGGCGCAAACGAGUUUUUGACUAAGCCCAUUGGCCCAAAAGAGAUGGACCGUUGGGUGAAGCAGGAAUUUCCGAAUGCAGGGUUAUGA